GCAUGUUUAUGGCUGCUUCCAGAUCUUUUCUGUGGCUUUGCUGCUCCUGACGGUACCAUGGUUACAGCUCAAAGCGCUGUCAGAUCUCUCCUCCUGCUAGUUUGCUGUGCUGUCCUCUGCUCAUCUAUAGGGCCUCCUGUACUGUCUUCUUAUGCCAAGACAGAAGACAAGCUGUUUAAACAUCUCUUCAGCAACUACCAGAAAUGGGUGAGACCAGUGGAGGAACUAAAUGGAACGGUGCAGGUGAAAUUUGGCCUGGCUAUCUCCCAGCUCGUGGAUGUGAAUGAGAAGAACCAGCUGAUGACGACCAAUGUUUGGAUGAAGCAGGAGUGGACAGACAUGAAGCUCCGAUGGAAUCCGGAUCAUUAUCUGGGCAUCACCUCCAUCAGAGUUCCCUCAGACUCCAUCUGGCGUCCUGACAUUGUGCUCUAUGAUAAUGCAGAUGGUAAUUUUGAGGCCACAGUAACAAAAGCAGUGGUGAGAUAUGACGGCACUAUCUCCUGGACCCCUCCUGCCAACUAUAAAUCUGCCUGCACCAUCGAUGUGACAUUCUUCCCCUUUGAUCUUCAGAACUGCUCCAUGAAAUUUGGCUCCUGGACCUACGAUGGUACCCAGGUGGACAUUCUCCUUGAGGAUGUACAUGUGGACAAACGUGACUAUUUUGACAAUGGUGAAUGGGAGAUUGUGACGGCCACUGGUAGCCGGGGUUUGAGAAGUGAUGGGACCUUUUUCUAUCCAUCCAUUACUUACUCCUUUAUUAUCCGACGUCUUCCUCUUUUCUACACACUCUUCCUCAUCAUCCCCUGUAUUGGACUGUCUUUCCUGACCGUGCUGGUGUUUUAUCUCCCAUCUAACGGAGGAGAGAAAAUCUGCCUCUGCACGUCUGUCCUCGUCUCUCUUACUGUCUUCCUUCUAGUGAUAGAAGAGAUCAUCCCUUCCUCCUCAAAGGUGAUUCCUCUCAUUGGAGAAUAUCUGGUCUUCACUAUGAUCUUCGUGACGCUUUCCAUUGUCAUCACUGUCUUUGCCAUUAACAUCCAUCAUCGCUCCUCAUCUACUCAUCACAGCAUGGCGCCCUGGGUCCGCCGUAUCUUUCUACACCACCUGCCUAAACUGCUCUGCAUGCGCAGCCAUGUGGACCGCUAUGCCACCACUGCUGCGAGGAGUGGAAGAGAAGGGCUGGGCUAUGGGAAGAGUUCGGACCAGGAUACCACUCCUCUGCUCAAUGCAGAACAUAGUCUGCAGGCAGCCUUAGACUCUAUACGCUACAUAACGCUUCAUGUGGUGAAAGAGAAUGAAGUCAGAGAGGUUGUUCAGGACUGGAAGUUUGUGGGCCAGGUUCUGGACCGGGUUUUCCUCUGGGUGUUUCUCUUAGUAUCACUGCUCGGCUCUGCUCUGCUUUUCAUUCCUGUCAUCUAUAAAUGGGCCAACAUCAUUGUUCCCAGCUAUGCUGGAAGCAGCAGCUAAAACAUAUGAAUGUAUAAAACUGAAAAAUCUUUAGCUUGGAUAAUUUUUUUUGCAUUAUUAUUAUAUUUAUUACUGCAGUCUUCAAAACAUCUAUGCAACUUGUGGCAAUUGAGCGCUGUCAUUUAUGCUUUAACAUGCUGCAUCAUAAUAAAUAUUUGCAUGCUGAUGUAUUACAAUAACAUUUACAAUCAAAAAAUAUUGUAUUAAAAUCAUUAUGCUUUAUGAAGAUGUAUAUGCUAGUGUACUCAAAGGUUAUAUGUAUAAUAUAGAUUACUCAUCUUGCACCCAAGGGCAUAUAAAAAUGUUUUGUCCAUUCAAAUGCUCUUUGGAAUGAGAAUGCCCCUCUUCCUAAUACCACCUGCAACCCACUAGCACUAACAAGCAGCUAAAUAUAGUGUUGCAAAGUCCACUGUUUUCCUGUGGAAUUGAGCUACUUUUAUACUGCUGCCAUGGGCUGCUUUUUCAGUCCAGUUUCAAACCCCCCCCCCCCCCCACCCCCCAGAACACACUUUGACCUAGGUGGGAGCUCUAGAACAGAUCGGUGGGACCCCUGGAAGAAGGUUUUGAUACCUGGAAUAUGAUUUUGAAGUGAUAGAUGAGUUUGUUUCUUCAUUGGACAUGCAAUCCUCAUGACUCCAGUCUAUCAAUUAAAGUCUUGUGAAGUGAAAAGCUCAUUUGUAUUAAUAAACAUUUUUUUUCAUCAAGACACUUUUAAUUUCAAACCAUUGGUUCUGACUGAAAUAAAAGUUCUCUAUUUAUAAUAUUGUUCUCUCCAGUGAAAAAGUUGUCUGAUUUAAAUUUAGGAGAGAAAUAUGCACAGAUGUAGAUAAAUGUUAUGUACUGUUUAUAAGCAAAAAGCGUCCAUAACAGUUCUAAACAAAUAUAUCACUGGAUUUUGAAGUGAGAGGCCAGCAGGGGGUGGACUAUUUCACUGAAGGAAGCGUUAUUAUGGAUUAUGGACCGGAAGCGACGGUUUAACGUAAAAACGCCGUAAUGAGGGAUUUGUUUCUUACAGACACAAAAUACAUUAACUGAUGGAAUGUAGUCAUGUGGAUUAUUGUGAUGUUUUUAUCAGCUGUUUGGACUCUCAUUCUGGUGGCGCCUAUUCACUGCAGAGGAUUCAUUGGUGAGCAAGUGACGUAGUGCUUAAUUUCACCAAAUCUGAUGAUCUGUCUCCAAACGCGGUCCUGGAGGGCCGGUGUCCUGCAGAGUUUAAUUCCAGUUUGCAUCAACAUACCUGGCUGGAAUUUUCUCGUAUGCCUAGUAAGAUCUUGAUUAGCUGGUUCAGGUGUGUUUGAUUAGGGUAGGAGCAAAACUUUGCAGGACACUGGCCCUCCAGGACUGAGAUUGGAGACCCCUAGCUGAUGUAGAUGGACAAACUCAUCUACAUCUCGGUGGCCUGAGGGUGAGUAAAAUUUAUAGCAGAUAAGUUUUG